UUUUUAGGUACCUUAUACUUAUUGUACCCUUAAAUCCUUUAUAUAGUAAUUUACUAUAUAUAUUUUUAUUUUAUAUUCUUGGUAUAAUGGGCUGGAUUUUGACUUAAAAUUUUAAUUGAACAUUUAUUUGAACAUUUUAACUUAUUUAUUUUAAUCUCUUUAUUUUAAAAUUUGUGAGAAUGAUUUAUGGGAUUUUUUUCCAAAACUCUCAAAACGAUACUCGUUUUUCCAAAUGGUAUUCAUCGUUUAAUAUUAAGAGGAAGAAAUCGUUGGAGGAUAAGAUCCACACGGAGUUGUUGAAUCGUGACCGUAGGUGGUCGAAUGUGUUUGAUUUAGAGGGUAUGAAGGUGGUUUACAGGCAAUACUCCGGACUCAUCAUCUGUGUCCUGAUUGACCAGUCUGAUAACACCUUGGCUAUAUAUGAACUAAUUCACCUGAUUGUCGAAGUGCUUGACGUGUAUUACGGUGACGUGUGCGAACUUGACAUUGUGUACAACUUCAACAGAGUUCACAAUAUCCUCGACGAUAUCGUACUCGGCGGAGAAAUCAUAGAAACCUCCAAAGAUAUCAUCGUAGAGAAACUCAGAGCUUCCGAUAAAGUUAAUUAACACACUUUAAUACACACAAUUUAAUGUAUUAUAUAAUAUAUGGU